UGCCAACUUGCUUACAACCUCCAGCUCUCUCUAUUGGAGCUCACCCAUUGCUCUCGUCUGCUGAACGUCGUCUGCAAGACGCUUUCGCCACUCCUCGCGCCUCCGCAUCCUCUCAACUCGCCUGGCUGCUUCGUCUCUAGCUGUCGACCAACGUCUGCUAGUUCGGCAUCAGCAUUAGUGCUCUUCGAUUUGGUUCUUGUAGAAAGAAUCAGGACCACAGACGUCUCCAAGGGUGGACAUCGGCAGACCUCCUGAAUUUCUCUUCGAGCAGUCGAAGCAGACUUUUGGAGGAUAUUGCAUGUUGACAGGAUGUCGUCGAACAGUGCUCGUCCUACCCAGUACUACGAGCUGUACAGGCGUAGCAGUAUUGGGAUGCAGUUGACGGACGCUCUUGACGAGUUGAUUCAAUCUGGACACAUCAAUCCGGUGUUGGCCAUGAAAGUCUUGACGCAGUUCGAUAAGAGCGUGGCAGACACGCUGAACAAGAAAGUCAAGAGCAAGAGCAGUCUGAAGGGUCAUUUGCACACGUACCGCUCAUGCGACGAGGUCUGGACUUUCUUUGUCAAGGAUGGCAAUAUGAAGCUCGACAACGGAGAGAUGUUGCACAUCGACAGCGCUAGGAUCGUGGCUUGCAAGCUGGGAGAGGGGGCAAGCGCGAGCAAAUGAGGGGCGCAACGGUCACGAGUGCAGGAUCCGCACUUCGAUCCGCCUUGACAUUUAGGCUCAGCAGAGCUCAUAAAUCCUCUCUUGCUGUCCUUGUCAAAUCUUCACCAAGAAGAGCCUCUCAGGCACGAGCUACAAGAUCGCCUCGCCCCGCCACUGGCACCCAUUAUGCUCCCAAAGCCCCUCUCUGAUCUCCACACCAUAUAUGACGCGCAUUCUGACUCUAGUCUCUCACCCACACCCACAUGUACCAUCAUAACACUCUAUAGCAAUCACAUUUUAGAUCUGAA